AUGGAGAGCAAGCGUGGCAGCAUGGAAGCAUUUGGAGCGUGGGUCAACCCGAUCGUCACCCGCACUGUCUUGUGGCUACGUAACCUCUUCGUGCACACACCCUGUCUGGCCCGGUCAGCACUGCUGACACUGACACUCCUCCCCCCGCCCUCUCUCUCUCUCUCUCUCUCUCUCUCCGCCUUUCUUCUCUUGCCGGCCGGUCGCACCGCCGCCGCCGUUCCUGCAUGGCUGCACGCGCCACUCCUCUAG